AUGACUAAUGUACAAAGUUUUGAAUACCACACACACUACAGUCGAAGGGAUCCAACUGAAAGGUUUGCUAAAUCAUCUAAAACUGAAUAUUUGAAUGACCUUAAAAGUAGAUUAUUCUCUCAUGAUUUUGAUGAUCAACAAACUAUAUCGUUAUCACUAGAACAACCAGCAUCAGUACAACCAUUGGUUACUUUUUCAAGAGAAAAGACGAGUCAUUCAUUUCAGACUAAAAUGACAAAAGUAGACAAUGAACAUAAACCUUUCACUGUCUUUAAUACAAUUAACAUCCAUAGACAGACAUAUGAGGAUAAAGAACAAACAUCUCGACAAUCAAACAGUUUUGAUAAAAUGUCGUUUGAACAAUAUUUACAUAGUCUAUCUCAGAAUAAUUCUUGUAAAAUAGUCAAUGGUAUAGAUUCAGUUGAUAAAACAUUUACACAGAAAGCUAUUCAAGAAACUAAAAAUUCUGAGUUUAAAAAAGGUACUACUAGAGCCAAUCAGAUUACAAUAGAAAAAAAUGAAGAGUUUUCAGAGAAGAAGUAUAAUAGUGGUGAUAUCAAUCUUAAAGAUACUUGUGAUAAUAUUGUAAAUAAUCAACCCUGUGAUAUAACAUGCAUAUCCAGAACGGUGGACAAUUCAGUUCUAAGUGAUCAAAUGUUAAAAAAUGAAACAGACAUUGAUGUAGUGAAUGAUUCUGAUAAGCAUCGAAACACACCAGUUUAUUCUAGUUCACCAAUUUCAAAUGUAACAAAGCCAUACAAUGAUAGUCAAAUUCUUCUACAAGAGUCUGAUGAAAUGAAGAAUGCUGUAAUUCAAAACAAUGAAGUAAUAUCAUAUUGGUCUUCAAAUGAUGAUAAUCAAAUGACUGGUUUAAGCAAUGAAUCAACGGAAAUAAAUGAUCUAGCUAACAUCAACGAUACAGUGAAGCGUGGUGAUGAUUUGGAAGUAAAGCUGAAAUCAGACGAAACAGUCAGUCACCCAAACAAAUCAGAUAACUUACCACUAAAUAUUACGUUACAUUCAAAUAAUUCAACACUAAUGAGAGAUUCAAAUACAGUUAAUGGUCAAAGUGACAGACAUUCAGUUAGUGAUAUCUUGAAGGGUUCUUAUUGUGAUGAUCAGCAAAUGUCUAUACGUUUUGCACGACCAAAUACAAGACUAUUGAGGGAAAUUAAUAAAAGUUGCUCUACUAAUACUUGUAGUAAUCCAUUUAGUCCCAAAAUAACUUCAUUUUCUGUUGAGACAUGUCCUGCAUUAAAAUUUGAACAGGAUGAAGAAACAAAUAAAACUAGCAAACGAAUUUGGAUAUAUAAUCCAGCUAGUACAAGUUUUGAGUCAGCUAAAUCAAUGGUUACACGUAGAACAAAUCGAGACCAGAAUCAUAGUUUCAAUAUGAACUCAAAAGUUCGAACUGAUCAAUGCUCAAAAUCCACUGAAACCAUGGAAAAUAACAAUGAUAAAGUAGAAAAUUAUACUAAAAAAAUAAGUCAAAAUAUAUCAACAAAAGGCAAGUGGAUUAGUCCUCAUAUGGAUUUUGAUCGACAUGAUGAGUUCACUAACGAUUAUGAAAGUCUUGAUAAAUUUGCAUCAACUAACAAGAAAUCACUUACUCCUAUUAACCUCAAUGGAGUACAGGCAGAUAGAAUGAAUAGAAAAAAUGAGAAAAGUCUCGAUUAA